CAGCCUCCUCUGUGCAGGUCCUCUGCAGCAUCAGUCACCCCAUCCUGGUAUCCUGGCAUCCCCUCUGCCUGUGUGGAGCAAGGAGUGGGAUGGGAUGGCUCCUCUCCACAGUCUCCCAGUGCAGGAAAGCACGAGUGGGCUUUUAGCUGCUUUGGAGACACGCAGGGGUGCCAGCCUCAUCCUGCACCCAAUGAGUUAUGAGGGGUGGGAGCUGCAGCCGCCUUCCUUCACCCUUCCCGGGGCACUCCCUAAUGCCCCUUGGCGGCACUUUCAUGCCUGGGUGAACAGAGCAGGAUGAGGGUGGCCUCAGUCCGCCCAGCGCUGUGGUGCUAAUCUCGGGGAUGGUGAGAGCACGGGCCCGCUGCUGGGAGCUGGAGGGGCGCUCUGAGGGCCGGGGGCGCCGCGCGGGGCUGUCAGCAGCACGGGGCUGUCCAUGUGUGAGCUCCUUUCAGGGCUUCCCACGGCCAACUCCCCCCGGCGCCCCCUCCCCACGGCCCGCGGGGGCGGGGGGUCCGCGCAGCCCCGCUCUGCCCGCGCCGCCCCCGGGGCCCUGCGGCGGGGCCGCGCCCCCCCGGCCACAGCCCUGCCGGCAUGGAGCGGGCGGCGGGCGAGGCCCGGCCCCUGCUGCCGGCGGCGGGGGGCUCCGCCGCGCCCUCCUCGCCCGGGCUCUCCUCCGCCGGCGCCGUCUUCAUCCUGCUCAAGUCUGCGCUGGGCGCGGGGCUGCUGAGCUUCCCCUGGGCCUUCGGCAGGGCCGGCGGGGCCGUUCCCGCCCUCCUGGUGGAGCUGGCCCACAGGGUGAUCUGGCCGGUAACCUGGUCCCUGUCCGUGGGCCGGCUGUGUCCUGUCCUGCCCUGGGGGUGACGGAGGGCGGCGCGGUGCCUUUGCUGGCUGUGUCCCCGCAGGGCUCGCUGGUGUUCCUGGUGAGCGGGCUGGCCGUGCUGGGCUAUGCCGCGGCCCUCAGCGCCCAGCCCACCUACCAGGGCGUGGUGCGGGCCGUGUGCGGCGCGGCCCUGGGCAAGCUCUGCGAGGUCUGCUUCCUCCUCAACCUCUUCAUGAUCUCCGUGGCCCUCCUCAGGGUGGUGGGCGACCAGCUGGAGAAACUGUGUGACUCCCUGUACCCCAACGGGACACUGAGUGGGGCUCCUCAGCUGCCCCCCUGGUACGUGGACCAGCGCUUCACCCUCUCAGCUCUCUGUGUCCUCGUCAUCUUCCCACUCUCUGUCCCCAAGGAGAUCGGCUUCCAGAAGUACUCCAGCAUCCUGGGCACGCUGGCUGCCUGCUACCUCUCUCUGGUCGUCAUCCUGAAAUACUACCUGCAGGCAGAGAGCCUGCGAUUGACUGAGCCGCCCCAGCCCUCCAGGUCCUCGUCCUGGACCUCCGUCUUCAGUGUCAUUCCCACCAUCUGCUUUGGCUUCCAGGUCCGUGGUGAAGGACUUGUGGGCAGCCCCGAAGCGCGGGGCCGUGGCGGUGCCUGGGGCACACGAGCGGCGGAGCCGGGUGGCACUGACGGUCACCUGGAUGGCUGCCACGCUGGGCAUCGCCCUGUUCGUCCCCGACAUCGGCAAAGUCAUCGAGCUCAUCGGGGGCAUCAGCGCCUUCUUCAUCUUCAUCUUCCCAGGGCUGUGCCUCGUGUGUGUGAGCGGGACCCGCAGCCUUGGGCCACGCAAAAGGUGAGUGUCUGCGUGCUCAGCGGUGGUGGGGGCAAGGGAGGGCACAGGGACAGGGCCAGGGUGAGGUGUCCUAUGGGCCGUGGCCAGGGCAGAUUCCUGGGGAUCUGGUCAAGGUGGGAACCCUGCAAGGAGGGGAAUUUGGGUGCCCCAAAGUGCUCUGUGGGGCUGUGCCUGGGAAUGGUCCCUGUGUACCAGGGCUGUGUCCAGGCAUCAAGGAGGUGCCCAGAGUGACUUUAGGGGCAGAAGAGCUGUGGGGUUUAGUGGCACUGGGGCACAAGGUGGGGUCAGGUUGGGGGUCGGAGGGACAGGGUGCCCCAAGACAGGAGGCCAUCAGGUGUUUGGUGUCUGUUGUGCCGGGGUGGUGUGCCCCCAUCACCACUCCUGGCUGGAGGGGCUGGGGCACAGCAGCACCCAUGUCAGGGGACCUGACAUGGUGCUGGUGAGUUUGGGAUAAGUGUGUGCUUCAGCCUGUCUGUGGUGCCCCUGGAGGAGCAGCAGAGUUUGAGGGAGGAUGGCGAUUAUGAGGUGGGUGGAGGCAGCACCCCAGGACAUUGGGGUCUUGGUCAGGAGGGUGCUCUGGGGACCAGUGAACAUCUGGGGAGGGGUGAGGGUGUCCCAAAGGGUGCCAAAUGCUGGAGGGGCCAAGGCAGAAAGUCAGCAGGGGCACCCAGGUGGGUGACAAAGGCUUGGAGAGGUCCCUUGGGGAGACCUGCCAGAGCAUCA